CCCACAUUUAAACUGCUGCCUGCCUGUGCAGCAGCUGAGGAACUGUGGAUUUCAUAUUAUAGACUAAAACCCCAGUAAAACUGCUCAAAAUCCUUCCUGCAGCUGCCAGGCAACAACGAAAGAGAGUUAAAUCCUAUUCUAUUCCAAUACAAUCGGAGCACUACAUUCUAGCUCCGGCUGCUUUACAUUGCAGCUCAGUGUUAUUACUAGAAAUAUGGAUACUGAGAAGAGAAUACAGCACUGCAUUGUCCGGCCAGGAAAACAGCAGAUGUAAAAAGCUUCAAUGCAUCAACUGUCGGCAAGAGUCAACAGUGCUCCGAAUAGACCGGACAACUACAGCUCUUUUGUUUAAAGAAAGAGAAAGAAAAUGAAAGAAAGGAAAAAUCUCAGAAGACUAGGACCCAUAUGAACAAGGAGGGUAACUCGAAGACAAGCAGACAGAUGGACACUUUGGAUACUGUGAAAAGCAAUCGCAGGAGGCAGACUAUUGGGGGAUGUGCGCAUGUUCGAUAGCAUCUUUUUUGCUGAAGUGAUGGCGUGCCAAAAGUAUUUUCAGUGGGCAUAAUCCUCUCCACAUAAAUGGCCUGACCAAGGAAGUAGGGGCCAAUGGAAACAUGCCAAGCAGUGUACUGUGACUAACAGAACUCUGCCAUAAUCAACCUUGCACCGUCUGUCCCACAACUGAUACAUGACCGUUUUACAAAAAAGGCCGCUGACUGUGCACCAUACCACCAAUGAAUGACUGCAUGGGAGACAACGUGACCGAAUUAAAAAAUGAUUACCAAAGAAAAGUAUUGAUUCAGGAGAAGGAAACAACAUUUUCAGCCUCCAGUAUCUCAUAUCCCAUUACUGGAUAUUUACAACAUGCUUCAGUGGAGGAGAAGACACUGCUGCUUUGCAAAGAUGAGCUGGAAUGCCAAGAGGUCUCUGUUCCGUACCCAUCUUAUUGGUGUACUUUCUCUAGUGUUUAUUUUUGCUAUGUUUUUGUUUUUCAAUCAUCAUGACUGGCUGCCAGGCAGAGCUGGAUUUAAAGAAAACCCUGUAACAUACACUUUCCGAGGAUUUCGUUCUACAAAAAGUGAGACAAACCACAGCUCUCUCCGGAACAUUUGGAAAGAAACAGUCCCUCAAACUCUGAGGCCUCAAACAGCAACUAACUCCAAUAACACAGACCUGUCGCCACAGGGAGUUACAGGGCUAGAGAAUACACUUAGUGCCAAUGGAAGUAUUUACAAUGAAAAAGGUAUCGGACAUCCGAAUUCAUAUCAUUUCAAAUAUAUUAUCAAUGAACCUGAAAAAUGCCAAGAGAAGAGCCCUUUUUUAAUACUGCUAAUAGCUGCAGAACCUGGACAAAUAGAAGCUAGAAGAGCUAUUCGGCAAACUUGGGGCAAUGAAAGUCUAGCACCUGGUAUCCAAAUCACAAGAAUUUUUUUGCUGGGCGUAAGUAUUAAGUUAAAUGGCUACCUUCAACGUGCAAUACUGGAAGAAAGCAGACAAUAUCAUGAUAUAGUCCAACAGGAAUAUUUAGAUACAUACUACAAUUUGACAAUUAAAACACUAAUGGGCAUGAACUGGGUUGCAACGUACUGUCCACAUAUUCCAUAUGUUAUGAAAACUGACAGUGACAUGUUUGUCAACACUGAAUAUUUAAUACAUAAGUUACUGAAGCCAGACCUGCCUCCCAGACAUAACUACUUCACUGGUUACCUAAUGAGAGGAUACGCACCCAAUCGAAACAAAGAGAGCAAGUGGUACAUGCCACCAGACCUCUACCCAAGUGAACGCUACCCUGUCUUCUGUUCUGGGACUGGUUAUGUUUUUUCUGGAGAUCUGGCAGAGAAGAUCUUUAAAGUUUCUUUAAGUAUCCGUCGUUUGCACUUGGAAGAUGUAUAUGUAGGGAUCUGUCUUGCCAAGUUGAGAAUUGAUCCUGUGCCCCCUCCCAACGAGUUUGUGUUCAAUCACUGGCGAGUUUCUUAUUCAAGCUGUAAAUACAGCCACCUAAUUACCUCUCAUCAGUUCCAGCCUAGUGAACUGAUAAAAUACUGGAACCAUUUACAACAAAAUAAGCACAACGCUUGUGCCAACGCAGCAAAAGAAAAGGCAGGCAGGUAUCGCCAUCGUAAAUUACACUAGAAAAGACAAUUUUUUUUUCAAAUGUGCAAUCUGUAAAAUAUUGCUAAAAGCAUGUAUAGUUAAAACUGAUUACAUCCAUAGGACAAGUUUUAGUUAAAAUUCAUCACAUACAGAAAUUCAAAAACUAUUUUUUUAAUUUCUGAAAGUAAUUCUUAAAAAUACCAUUAUAUAACAAAAAAGGUAUCCCAAAAGAAACUAUUAAAAAAAAAAAAAACUGUAUAAGGGGAUUCUGUGUAUUAACAUGCAAUAAAAAGCAUGCACACAUCAAUGGUUCAAGGCUUACGUUAAGGGCCAAUAAGAUGUAUUUGCAUAUAUUUUCCACAUAAAUUUUAAUUUAAGAAAUGGAGACAGUCAAAAGACCCUUCUCAUUUUAGAUUCAGUUUUUCAUUUUAACAUAUAAUUAAAUGUAAAUAAAACAUUAUUGUCAAUCUUAAGGAAAAUUUGUAAUUGUGCAAAGGACAAAUUUUCUGACCUGACUCUUCUAGGGUUCUAAAACUAUAUUCCAUGCAAUAAGAUUUAGUUGAAUUACUCCAUAAACACAUUUAUAAAGUUCAGAUGUUUCAUCAAUGCAAUUCUCAUCUAAGUAUUUACCUUUUAAUAACAAUUGAGAUACUCAUUUUCUUUUAUUAAUACAUAUACUGGGGGAAAAUUAUUUUGACAUGUGAUAAAAUGUGAAAAAUCAAUGUGUCUCAGGCUCAAGUUUUUAUAAGAAAAAAAAAGUAAAUGUUUCAAAAUAGACAGUUUGUUUCCUUGUUGGUGUUAAGGGCCAAGCUAGUAUUUAAAUGAGUUAUUCUAUUAGAUCAGUUAUUGCACUCUUAAGGAGUACUACCACUUAACUUCAAGGAUAUCUGUAAAAAUACAACAGGUUCCUCCAACUGAAGCAAAAGUAAUUACAGGCACAAAGAGAAUGUACUGUUGAAAAAAGAUACAGGAUAAAGAGUGCAGCAGCAGUUUCAUUCAAUACAUUUUUAAGAUGCAUGUCUGCCAAACUGCAACAUAUGGGAAGUUUAUUUCCUGACAGCAGGUGUACACAUGCCAAUACUUAAUCAUUUUAUGGCACCUACUUCUUUCUCUGAGUGCCAAGUUUACAAACCUGCAGUUUUUAAUUUGGUAGAUGACAACUAUUCCAUGUCACCAAUUUAAAACCUUUUUUGGGAGGGAUGGGGGAAAACUACAAAUGUUUGAUGAACACUUGAUUCUAGGAUGACAAUGUAUACAACGCACUUUUACCAAGUUUUUAAUAAAAAAAGAAGUAAACAAAAAAAUCUUUACUGAGUGUUACAGUACAAAUAUUUUCACAGUAAUUCUGUUUGGUUCCAUUACAAAGUUUAAAAUCAAGAAAUAGUAACCCACUAAGUUUGAAAGUGUUUUUAAUUCAUAAAAGUAUGUAAAAUUUAACGAUCUAAAUCUAAUGAAGAUGUUACUUAUCCUAAUUGUAAUGACAAUCAUUUUUAUCCUUGAUUCUAUUCUGAAGAGAUACUGUACCAAAACAGAACUGUAAUAAUUGUUAAAGUUCAGAAUCACAGAAACUGUUUAAGUACUUAUUAUUUAAUAUGUUACAUUCUAUUUAUACUGAAUAUAUCUCCCAUUUUCAAUUCAGUAGUCUUAAGUAUUCUAUUCUACAUAGAGUAAUUUUGAAAGCCAAGCUAUAUAACAUCCCAGCUCUUGGUUAAGUCCAUUUCUCACUUAAUUUAUUCUAUAUGAUUAUAAAAACACUAAAGUUACUAAAUGCCAAACUCAUUAAAUAAAAGUCACACAUAAGAGGAUAAUACCAAAUUAGGUAAGUAAGUUUCAGGAAAGACAAAAGUAAUCUUUCCUUCAAUGUAGAGUAAUUCUCUCAUUUCUACUUCAGAAGUUUUUUUAAAAAAGGGUAUAUGUGUGUACAUGUAUGCAUGCGCAAUUAUGUACCCAGAAACAGAACCCAAGCACUAUCUGCCUAAAUUAUGAUUAUAGUGCAGGACCUUUAAAAGAUAGUAUUUUUCUUCCGGAAAAAUUCAAGUUUAAAAAGUUGACUUUGAAAAGCAGAAUUCUUAACAGACAACUAAAUUCCUCCUAUCUUACACAUCAAUUUAAAAUCAUUUCAACAUCCCUGAGAAUACUAUCUUGAGAAGUGACAGUAAUCUGGUAACAUAGAGUUCUCAAAGAAAACUCGAUCAAAUAAUAAAGUUUCCUAAUGCUGCUGAAAAUCUGUAUUUUAAAAUAAAUAUUCUAUUAAUUUACUCUUGACCUUCCACUCUCAAUAUGCAAGAGUAAUUCUUCAGAAAACAUGAAUUUUUAUAUUAUAAUAUCUCAACAUCUCACCAAUAGUAGCUGUGCCUUAUUCAUGCCCAGUACUAUGUGAUUAUGAUUACACAUGAAAAUAUAAUGUUAAAUUCUAUUUGCACUACAUUUGGUCAAAGAAAAAAAAUCAGGAACGACUAUGUAAUCUUUAUGCUCAAAGUGUUAAUAAAUAUUUUAGAAGAUAAAAAUACCAACACUUUUGAUAGUUACACUAAUUUUGAUCAAGAUUAUAGGUAGUGAAAGUCUAAUUCAAGUAAAUAAUUUAAAUUUCUCACCUUUUAGUAUGCAGCAGAAUCACAUAUAACCUCAACUGGAAUCUUACUGAUAUCUAUUACCAAAAACCCCUAUGACAAUAAUAGCAACAAUGGCAGCAGGAACUAUUUACUGACAGAGCAUACACUAUAUGCCUGGUUCUGUGUUACACCACUUUACACACAUGAUCUCACAGAAUCCUUACAAAUGACACUAAGAGACAGGAAAGAAAGACUCAUGCAAGAAGUUACAUACCUAAGAUCACACAGCUAAUAAAAGCAGCAAAGCUUCAUCUUAAAGACCAUGUUCUCAACCAGUAUGUUAUUCUGCUGUAUAUUUCACAUAUGACACCUGCAGUAAGAUCUAAAGAGCUAAGCAAAAAUGGCCUGUCCUCUAAUUCUACUAUUCUCUGCUUGUUCUUCAUCUUUUGCCAGGGAAGGCUUCAUAACCAUUUUCUCACACUGGAGGGGCACCUGAUGUUAGGUGCAAAUAAAGAGAAAGGGAAAAGAAAGGAAACCUGAUCCCUCUUUUUUUCUUCUUCUUCUUUUCAACCGUUUACAUCUGGUGGCCAAAACCUUAGAAAACCCUAAGUUUACUGCUUAUCUCUUGCUUCUUUGGGCUCUGAGAUACAUCUGUAAACAACAGACAUAUGUCACAGUUAGAAAUUACAAAAGGUGCCUACUUGGAAGCACAUUAUAUCAUUAGUAACAGACAAAAGUAGCACUGCAUUUACUCACUCUACUAGUCAGUCACCUACUGUUUUGGGAUGAGGUGGUAAAAUCCUUUUAUCCAACUGAUUUCAGGGUUUUUUUUUUUUUUUUCCUUUUCAGUUUUUACUGCUCAACUACAAAAUCUAUUAAAUUAACAUAGCUUUAAGAAGACAAAAAAGAAUAUCCCCACUAUGCAUACAUUUCUAAUAGACCUCACAGAAUAUCAGUUUAUCACUUAAACAGUACUCUCAAAAAACAGAGAAUGUACACAAAUACUAAAAAGUGACGUUCUGAGUUUCAGGAAGACACCUGUCACACACUACAUCAACACACACGCACAACCUUCCUCUAAGCACGAUAUAACUAUAAAUCUUACUAUUUCAAGAUACAAUAUGUCAAAAGAGGAAGAAAAAUGUUUCUGUAUCUACAGGAAUUGUUUCUUCUCUCUUUACCAGAGCAAAUAUCUGUGCUAAAGGACAACUGGAGCUAACGUAAUUGUCUCAGUCUGUCUAUUAAUCUAAUCAUUUCAACUUCCAACUGAAUGUGACAGAUUCUAAAUUUGAAUCUCACUGUUGACAGUAUCCUAAACACUGAAAAAAAUAGAUCGACAGAUCUAAUAGAUCAUAAAAAUACUAAAUAACAGAAAACUAUAUAACAUUAUAUGAAAAAUCUUGAAUUCAUGUUUUUAUGAAUUUUUAAGCAAAUGUUUAAAAUCACAAAUUUAUACAAUAGAAUAAAAUAAGGGUGUAUGCCAUAACUAAAAUGCUAUUAAAACAUUAGAAUAUAGAUAACGGAAUUAACAUGACAUUCUGACAGCGAUGAGAAUCUUCUAAUAUACUGAAGGUUUGAAACAAUAAAAAUCACAUUAAAACCACAAAACAGUUAUUUGAAGUAAUUUCAUAAAACUGUUUCCAGUUAUGAUUUGAAAAAUAAAUACUAUCAGAAAAUUAGAACUAGAAGAAAUUACCAUAAGCCCCAGCCAAUAUCUACUUGAUUAUCAGAUAAAAUUAAGAAGAGAAAUAAAAAUGUUCAGUAAGCCCAUAAUGAGAUAAUGUGUUAUGGUUUAACAACAGUUUUCAAACUAAUUUCCUCAUAUGUCUCAGUUACUAUAAUUAGUAAAACCAGGAGAGCUGUGUUUUAGAGUCCUGCCCUCACUUUAGUACAACUGCAAUUUUAUAUGUUUAAAUGAAAAGUUUCCAUGUCAAAGUUCAUUUGAAAAGAGUGACCAAUGUUUAUUUGCUUUUUGUUUGUUUACUGAAAACUACCUCAAUGAUUCUUGAACUGAAAUACAACUACAGAAAAGAUAAAAAUACAUAUAUUUACUCAUCAUGUAACAUCCAACAUAUCAACUUAAAGAAUAAAAGGAACUCAGAUAAUCAGUCAAAAAAAAGAUUAAAAUACUAAAACAAGAGUCUUAGACACGAGCCAUUAUACAAUACAAAUAGUGAAAAAAAAUUCACAAAGGCAACAUUUUAAAAAUAAGGGAUAAUCAAAAGUAAGAGGAAACUCUGGUGAAAACUAAACUUUUACCAAGAGGUAUAAAAAUUCUGACAAGUAAGAACACACCAUCUUUUUUUAGUUAACAAGAAUACCUACUUUUAAAAAUGGACAUUCUUCCCCAAUCAGCAUGUUUUCUUCAUCUGUAUUUUCCAAAUAGGGAAAAAACUGUUGUAGUAAGCCCAGUCAAAUCUUAAUGAAUAUUUUUUAAAGUUUUUAGCGUGUAUGGAUGGAAAUCACAAAAUGAUUAUAAAAUUAAUAUGGAAAAAAGGUAUCAGUAGCUAAGAAAAUACUGAAAGUGAUCUUAAAGAAUGUACUAUAAAGCUGGGGCACCUGGGUGGCUCAGUUGGCUAAGCAUCUGACCCUUUGUUUUGGCUCAGGUCAUGUCUCAUGGUUUGUGAGUUGGAGCACAUCAGGCUCUGUGCUGGCAGUGUGGAGCCUACUUGGGAUUUUCUCUCUCCCCCUCUCUCUGUGCCGCUCCCCCACUUGUGCUGUCUCUGUCUCUCUCAUUAACAAGCUAAUGGCUAUCAUAUCAAAGUUUGUACUAUAUCUCGCAUUAUUAGCACAUGUUCACUAAAACUGUUCUAAGAUUUAAUAAAUUUUAAAUAUUUUUAAAGAA